CGCAAGGCGAUCAGUUUUUCUUUCCUUAGUCCUGAAGGCCACCACAUCCCGUCUUCUGAUACCUGUUAGAUAAAUGGCGUUAGACUUUGAGAAGACGGCUGGUAAGCCGAUUGAAUGCAAGGCAGCUAUCGCAUGGGAGGCGAAGAAACCACUUGAAGUCCGCACUGUGACGGUGGCUCCGCCUGGCCCGGGCGAGGUUCGGGUUAAGAUAGUUGCAACCGCGUUGUGCCACACGGAUGCGUACACGCUGGAUGGCCUCGAUCCCGAAGGUCUCUUCCCCUGCAUUCUGGGGCACGAGGCCGCCGGUAUCGUGGAGAGUGUGGGCGAGGGGGUCACCUCCGUCAAGCCGGGCGACCACGUCAUUCCCUGCUACCAGGCCUACUGCGGCGAGUGCAAGUUCUGCAAGCACCCCGAGUCCAACCUCUGCGUGUCCGUGCGCGCAUUCACGGGCAAGGGCGUUAUGAAGUCAGACGGGCAGCCUCGCUUCACGGCUGAUGGCAAGCCCCUGUUCCACUUCAUGGGAACCUCCACCUUCUCCCAAUACACGGUGGUGCACGAGCAGAGCGUGGCCAAGAUCGACACCAGCGCGCCGCUGGAGAAGGUCUGCCUGCUGGGUUGUGGUGUGUCCACGGGUUGGGGCGCCGUAUUCAACACCGCCAAGGUGAAGCCGGGCAGCACUGUGGCGGUGUUUGGGCUGGGUGCGGUGGGGCUGGCGGUGAUCGAGGCGGCGGCGCGGGCGGGCGCCAGCCGCAUCAUCGGGGUGGACAUCAACCCAGCCAAGUUUGCGGCGGCGAAGGAGUUUGGGGCGACGGAGUGUGUGAACCCGAAGGACCAUGAGAAGCCCAUUCAGCAGGUGAUCGUUGAGAUGACGGAGUGGGGCUGCGACUACACCUUCGAGUGUAUCGGCAACACCGCCGUCAUGCGUGCCGCUCUGGAGUGCGCGCACCGCGGCUGGGGCACCUCUGUUGUGAUUGGCGUGGCGGCUGCGGGGCAGGAGAUCAGCACGCGCCCCUUCCAGCUGGUCACGGGGCGGCGCUGGAUGGGAACCGCGUUCGGCGGGUACAAGAGCAGGGUGCAGGUCCCCGAGCUGGUCACCGAGUACCUGUCCGGCAAGACGCUGCUGGACAAGUACGUCACCCACAACAUGAAGUUCGACCAGAUCAACGAGGCGUUCGAGCUGCUGCACGCGGGGGAGUGCCUGCGCUGUGUGCUCACAUUUGAUGACUGAGGGAGCUGACUGAGAUGGAGUGACGGAAUGAGCGGUUGGUGGAGUGACUGGUGCGUUGGUAGGGAGGUGUUGUUGUCCUCCUUUCUGUCCCUUUGCUUUGGUCCGUGGUUUCGUGGCAGGCAUUGGAGCCUUGUUCCGGAGGACAGGGGAGGACGCUGGAGGUGUGUUGUAGCAGGUGUGCUGUGCGAUUGCUGUGCUAGUCGGUGAGACAGCUGAAAGAAGCAAUGGCGCAAAGGGGCGGUGUCGUGUUGCCCAAGCAUGCUGGGCGGCAACGCCGGUCGGAACCCAAGCCGUGUUGACACGCGCAGGUGGAGGAAGAUUUGUUUCGGACCCAGGAAAAUACCGGAUUUUCCGAACUGUGGUACAGUUUUGGGCGGAAAAGAAGCGGAGAGGACGAUAGAUGUUACCCUUUCUUGGAAAGGA